UGUCCUUCCCUUAUCAUCGAUGGCCGCGUGUAGAGCUGCGAUAAGGCCGGGCGUGUCCUUAUCACCCCGCAGCACCGCUGGGGUCGUUGGAUGAUCGCGUGGACUGCGAGGCCCAAAGCGCCGCUGGUUCCGAAGCGGGGUGUGUAUGUGUUUAAUGGGGGUCGUUCCUUUGCCUUAUAUGACGCGGUGACGUCACACAACACCUGCCCGCCCCGUGACGUCACUCAGGUGGGCGUGACCAACGUUGCGGGGGCGGUGCGUGUGACGUCACAGGGGGCGGGGCCGGUGGUGCAGGUGGAGGCAGCGCGGAGCGGCCCCGAGAAGAGCCCAGCGGCAGACCCUGAGAACUCAGAGCAACAGCAGGCAAAGGAGGAGGAAGGGGCUGCUAACACACAGAAGCAGGAAGCAUCCCCAGAGCAGGGGUCUGGGCCCAAGCAGAAGGCAUCCAACGGCAACACACCCACAGCUGAGGAGCAGGGUCGGAAGGAACGCCGUGCAUCCGAGGGCAGGGGUCUGUCCCGUCUCUUCUCCUCCUUUCUCAGGAGGCCCAAAUCCCAGGUGUCUGAGGAGGACAAAGACACCGAUGUGCCCAAGGAGGGUGGAGGGGAGCAGAAGGACUCGGGGGUUGGAGCCAACCCUGAUGAGGAGGAGAUCCUGGUGAAGGCCCCGAUUGCAGCUCCUGAGCCAGAGCUGAAGACUGAUCCAUCUCUUGACCUUCACUCCUUAAGCAGUGCGGAAACACAGCCUGCGCAGGAGGAGAGGAGGGAAGAGCAGGAGCCCGACAAAGACCUCGAGGGCAAGGAAGGAGGUGAAGGGAAAGAGGAGAGCGCCAAGGCAGAGCUGAAGCCAGAGGCUGCAGAGCCCAAGGCAGACAAGGAUCUGAAAGCUGCCCAAAGAUCCAUAAGAAGACACAGAAACAUGUACUGCAAAGUUGUCUUGCUGGAUGACACCAUCUUUGAGUGUUCUGUGGAUAAACAUGCCAAGGGGCAGGAUCUACUUAAGAAAGUCUGUGACCACCUUAAUCUCCUGGAAGAAGACUAUUUUGGUUUGGCCAUAUGGGACAUGCCUACCUCCAGGACGUGGCUGGAUCCUACCAAAGAAAUAAAAAAACAAGUCCAUGGAGGCCCCUGGGAUUUUACUUUCAAUGUCAAGUUUUAUCCUCCGGAUCCUGCUCAGCUGACGGAGGAUAUAACGAGGUAUUACUUAUGUCUUCAGCUUCGACAAGACAUCAUCUCAGGGCGGCUGCCUUGUUCCUUUGCAACUUUGGCUCUGCUGGGCUCCUACACAGUGCAGUCCGAGCUGGGAGACUACGAUCCUGACCUACACAGCACAGAUUACAUCAAUGAAUUCAAACUGGCUCCAAACCAAACAAAAGAGCUUGAAGAGAAGGUUGUGGAACUUCAUAAAACAUACAGAUCCAUGACUCCGGCCCAAGCAGACCUGGAAUUCCUUGAGAAUGCAAAGAAGCUGUCAAUGUAUGGAGUUGACCUUCACCACGCCAAGGACUUGGAAGGAGUGGAUAUCACUCUGGGAGUCUGUUCCAGUGGCCUUCUUGUUUACAAAGAUAAGCUGAGAAUCAACCGCUUCCCUUGGCCCAAAGUCUUGAAGAUUUCCUACAAACGCAGCAGCUUCUUUAUUAAGAUUCGCCCAGGGGAGCAAGAGCAGUAUGAAAGUACAAUUGGAUUCAAGCUACCGAGUUACCGGGCAGCAAAGAAGCUGUGGAAAGUAUGUGUUGAACAUCACACGUUUUUCAGGCUGACUUCAACUGAGGCCAUCCCCAAGAGCAGGUUCCUGGCUCUGGGCUCCAAGUUCCGUUACAGUGGGAGGACACAGGCACAGACCAGGCAGGCGAGUGCCAUGAUUGACAGACCUGCACCCCAGUUUGAGCGCACAGCGAGCAAGAGGGCAUCCAGGAGCCUCGAUGGAGCUAAACGUGCGACUCAAAAAGUUGAGUUCAGAGCCGUAGAGGAAGAGAAGCAGGAGAAGGUGGUGGUGGUUGAGGUUCCCGAACCAAAACCCGUGGAUCAGUUCCGAGAGAAGCCAGCCAAGCACGUGCUUGAAAGUUUUGAGAUGAAACCCAUUGCAGAGGAGGAGGAGGAGGAGGAGGAGAAGGUAGAGGUGGCUCAGGUUCCUGUUGCUGAGCCAAAGCUGCCAGACCUGGUGCAGCAGCAGUCAGGUACCGCCACGGCUGUGCAUGGCACCUCAGCCACACGUGCCCCUGGCACUGUUGAGAUAUGCCCAGUAAAAGAAGAGGAGGAGGAGGAGGAAGAAAAAUUGGUGGUGAUGGGAGAGCUAAAACCAGCCCUGAAGAAGCCAGCUGUGGCAGUGAUAACACCUGAGAGGAGCCCCCGACCCACCUCUGCCCCUGCCAUCGCCCAGAGCCACGUGGCUGAGGCAGCCCCAGCUAAACCUGAUGCCAAGGAAGUCCUCGCUGCAUCAAAAGUAGAAAAGGAAGCACUGAAAGCUGAUGCGAAACGUGAGGAGAUCCAUCCAGAGAGAGCCAAAGCAGAGCAAGCUGAGGCAUCUAAGGUGAGGAAAACCCACAUUGAGGUCACAGUACCCACUACAGCUGGUGGCCGACCCCAGAAGCAGCCUGCAGAGAAAGAGGAAGAGCUGAUAAGAAUGAGGAAGAAGAGAUCAAAGAGACUAGAUGGUGAAAACAUUUAUAUCAGGCAUAGCAAUUUAAUGUUGGAGGAUCUAGAUAAGACCCAAGAAGAAAUAAAGAAGCAUCACGCCAACAUCAGCGAGCUGAAGAAGAACUUCAUGGAGUCUGUCCCCGAGCCUCGUCCGAGUGAAUGGGACAAACGUUUGUCCACUCACUCCCCAUUCCGAACACUCAACGUCAACGGGCAGAUUCCAUCGGGAGCAGAUGGAGUAAAGAAAGUCACUGUGCUGUCUUCUGAGAGACAGUCUCCCAGCUACUUUCUCCCUGAUACUCAUCACUUAGGGGUGUGCAAAGAGCCGGUCCCUAAAUACCACACUGAUCAGAGGAGGCUGGCUCAGCUGAGGGAGCUCAGAGCCAAGUUCUUCCUUUCAUAGCCACACUGUGGCCGAAUGGAAGUAGAUGGAGAGCUGCCUGGAUGGCUCACAGCAGCAUCCCCACAGUCUUAUUUACUUCAAUGAACACACCAGAGCCCUUGCAUGAUCCUGUGUGACGACUGACUCCUUCUCUUUUACACUCUUGAGAAUCCAGGAGCAAAAGUACUGAAAUGCAGAGCAAAUUGGAAGGAGUUUGGAACCGUUCCACGCUCAGCGUUUCUAAGAUGUAAAGAUUUUUCACUUCUUCCAGCAGAAUUUUCAGAGCUAUGGAGAUUUUGAUACCGUUGUCUGAAUUUUAAAUUAAAAACAAAAAGUUUUUCUACCUGCACUGAAGUAUAAAUGCUCGCCGUUAUUUAACAGAUGCUAUUUUUAAGGGCACUGUAGAAUAGGGAGUUGUACAAAGCGUGCUCUUUGUCUGCACCGUUUCUAUUUGUAACGCCACAAAAGCAAACUCUCAUCCUGGACCGUUCCAAUUCCAAACCCAUUGUAACAGGCUCAGACCAGGCACUUUUCCUGGAGGGCAGGCACAGAACACACGUGGAUCAUGACUCAGAGACCCACGAGCUCUGUCAGGUAAAUCUGUGCUUUGUAGCUCAGCUGGGGGUGUGAGCUGAGCUCCCUGGGUCGCUGCUUUCAUAGCAGUGCAUUUCCACGCUGACAUUUGGACUGGCCAAACACUUUGCACACCUCCAAGUAUCGUUUUUGGGCACUUCCCAUCUGUCAUUUUUGUUCAUCUCUCUCUGUCUUUCUUGAUCUUCUACCACGAAAGCAGACACAGGAACGUCCUCUGUUAGUGCAGGAUGAAGACAAACUAAAAAAGCAGCAGAUCCCUACUGAGACAACAUUUCCCCUGCAAGCAAGCGAAGAAACUCUUCCAAAGGUUUCUAUUCCGAUUCCUGAAGAGCAUAAAUCACUCAAAAAGUGCCAGCUGUACUCUAGGAUUUUUCCAUCUCCACGUAUCCCUUUUAUGAUGUCUUUUCUUGUGGUGGUAGCACUGACUGUUUGGUGGCUUCUCUUUCUCUGAGUGGGAACAGGGUCAUGCAGAAACCUCAAGACCAAAGCUCCUGAAUCUCUUGGCCGUAGCAUCAGCUGCAUCCUCCUUGUCCUGAGCUCUGAUCUGCGCAGCUCGUUGCCCCUUUGGGGGGGGGACACCCUGUGACAUUUGCUUUAAUCCUGCUGUUCACCUUGUGGCUGUGAUCUGUGGGGCCUGGCAGGAGUGGUAAUGGAUUGCUACGGAUGUGGGGGUGGCUCCAGGUCUCAGAAAUACGUGAUCCCAAUUGCAGAUGCUUCGGCUGUAAGAGGGCAGGCUGACAGCCCUAAUGUGUGGCAGGAGGUCUCCCUCCAUGCAGCCACUGCUGAAGAUGUGCUGUAAGGCUUGUUUUGAAUGUAAGGUGUUUGCAAGCAGGACGUCUGAUGGCGAUCCAAAAACCCAAAGAUGCUUUUCAGCAACCUACCAAAUCUAAUCCAUAACCACUCCUUUUCCAGGAAACUAAGACUGGCAUUGAAAUAAGCAGCAUUGAUCAUCAGUGCUGCUAUGAGUGUUAACUUAGAGAUAGGGACCAACAGCUUCUCAUUCUCCCAGUGGGAAGCCCUUGGCAAAGCAUCACAGCUUCCAUCUUGCUCCUGUAUUCUCAUUUCAAAGCAAAUUUAUCGUGUUGCAGGAGAAAAUGCAUUAGAAGGAAAUGUUUAUUGUAAGCAUAGGUUGAUCAUUUUGCUCUCUCUUGUGGUCCUGGUGCACCUCAGCUGUGUGGGGAUUUUUCUGUGUUGAACUAACUGUAGCAUGUUUGUUUAGGUCACAGGAAUGGGAUAACCCACUGUUAACACGUGUCGCCUUUGGUAGCAUGUUGAUGUUCCACCUCUUCCAUUUCCCUGAACUGUAAUAAGACCACUGUGCUCAGGCCAUAGCUCCAGCGUUAAAGCCAUCUAUUGUUUUGUCUUCUCUAACAACAAAAAGAACCCCCUUGCAUGCUGCUUGUUGUUUGUUCCCUACCCGUGUAGUUAUCUGGGUGAUGCUCUUAUUUAUCCAAGUUAACUCAAUAAUGAAUGUGGUCGAGCUGUGUAGGAUGGGCAGAACCGGGUCUGCAAGCUGGAGGGAGGAUGGGGCUUUGUGUCCAUGGGGUUUCUUUGUGUAUAUAGUAAUUAUGUGAGUGAGCUGAGCCACCUGCUUCUCCUUCAGCAGUGCUUGAUGCUUUCUGUAGAGUGUUGGUGUAGGAACAGGACUGAGAACAGCCUCCAGUGCCGUCAGUGUUGGCAGCUGCUUCAAAAGCAUAGAAGAGAAAGGAGGACAACUCUACUGCAGGGGCCAAAAUAUGUGAAUACAUAUAUAUAUAAAUACCUGUAUUUAUAACCCUUCGUAGAUCCGUAUCUGUGCAAACAGUGUGAUUUAAGAAGCUAGCAAAUAUGCUUACAGGAAAAAGGCGCAAGGCAAAACUAGGUGUGUGCACAGCUUGGCAUGUGCUGGCUCAUCUGAAGGAUCCCUGUGUGUGUAGAGGCUGAGGCUUUCUAGAUAUACUGUGUCAGAAAUGUGGGUUACGAGUGAAACCCUCCGUCUGAUCUCCAGGAAUCCUUCUGAUCUGUCUGCUCUCCCCUAUUGUAACGUGCUCCUAUAUUAGUUCACCAGUUUGUGCCUUUAGGACUUAAGUUUUCUGCUGAAUUCCUUGGAAAGUAUCCUUCCCGUUACAAUACACUGCCUUUAACACACAGUCUUCCUCUUUCAGCAGCAGGAAUGGCAGAAGGAAAUUUGUUCAGGUGUACCACAGCCCGAAGGAGAGCUGAAAGCAGCCCCAAGGAGGACAGCUCAGGGUACACGUGGCUGAAAUUGAGGAGCACUGUGUUGAGAUAAGUGGGCCUUGGAGAGGAGAGGUGGGAGACCAGGACAUGGUGGAGGGAGAAGCAUUCCAAAAAGCUCUCUGAAAUUGGAGCACGUGUAAGGAGAUGUGGGAACCAUUCAUCCUUCACAGUAUGAGAGGACAGGGAACGUUCUGUUCUUCCUCUGUGUGUUCUGUCCAUUUUUCAUGGAGAAGAAUUAACCACACACCACCUGCUUCCUUCCAAAAGCCAUUGCUUGGAUAGGGGUCACUGCGUGCUGGUUGGGUUGAUGCCCACUGUCUUUCUGAACAGAUGAUAAAUACUCUGAAGCCAUAGCAGUGGCUUUUGGUUGCUGCCUGUCUGCUAUUUCCAAAGGACCUGAAGUCUGAAAGCUUUGCCCAGCAGUGUUUGAACACAGUGCUCAGGGUGAUCAUCUUCCAUAGUGCUGAGAGAUGCACGCUGUUGGCCACUGCAACUCAGUUCUUUAGUUAAGAUGGUUUGUCUCUCGCUUUCUGUUGUUGAACCUUGAGAUAUGGCUGGAUAUCAUCAGCACAAAAAACCUUUAAGCUGUACAUUCAGAGAGUGCUCAGGUAAGAAUGGGAGCUUAUCAAGAGCAGAAACACACCCUGAUUGAUGCUGGGUGUGUUUUGGGAAGGUCUUCAGGCCGUUGUGCUCUGCCAGCCACCUCUUCCUCUUCUCCAUUUGCUUCUAUGGCAGAUGGAGCUACAGCAGUGCCCUGAGGCAACCUGCCAGGGUUUUGUUUUCAUGUGUGUGUAUGGCACACACUGUGCUGUGCUGGGUGAUUCCUGCUCUCACUGCAUUUGCUGGACGUCCAUUUGAGGGAUGGCAUUGCAGGGGGACUGCAGGGGUCUGGACCAUCUGGAUUAAUGCAAGGGCAGAGGUCUCAGGUUUUCAUUAAGGAACUUAGGUGUACUGAGCUCACUUCUUCCUCAGGAACCAACAUGCUGCAAAGUACUGACAGCCCACGUGAUUCUUACUUCCAAAAGGAAGCUGAAAAUAUCUGCAGAUAACCUCAUCCCUGUUUGCAUGGGAAAUCCUGAUUCUUCAGCAUGAGGAGCUGCAGAAAGUAACAUCUGAGAUACCAGAAACGUGGCUGCUAUGGGACUGCCAGCAGCACUGCUGUUCUAUAGACUUUCCCAGUGCUUUGCAGCCUGCCUUGCUGCAGUGGGACUCAUUGGUGCUCACGUGUGGGUCCCAACGACUGCACUAAGGGACCAGCUGAGGUUCAGCCCCUUUGUCUUGUUCCAUCCUGGAGCUGGUGGUCGGCUCUGUGCUUUCUAUUCUGAGUCUUCUUACCCUGAUAUCAGCUCUUCUGAUCUCCAGAUAAAAGGCAGAAUAGUUUCUUGGGCUUUCAUGCUUUAACCUAGAGUGGCAGUGUUUCCAUUUCCAUUACUAAAAGGGACAGCUGGUAUUGUCUGCACAUCCUGUGUGCUGCUUUGCUCAGUGGGUUAAUAGACAACAAACUGAGGAUUCUCUAUAGGAAGAUUGUGUUGGGACUUGGAGUUAAGGAUAGCAGCAGUUUCCCUUCCAUGCAGUUUUCCCUUUUACUGGCUGUGAGUUGGUUGUGCCUGUUGUGAUCUACAGGCUGAGAUAGGAUGCUGCCCAGAAUAAUGUACCCCAAAGCAGGUGGGGGUGUCACUGGUUUGUUUGGAGAUGUCUCAGCUUCCUCAUGCUGAUGACAUGAGACCCUGAUGUGUUGCCAUCUCUUGCUUUAUAACACUAGAGGGAAGGGUUGCAGGCUCUGGGUUAAGGCUGUCUGUCUUUGGGGCAGUGAUUUGUUCCCCUCUGUGACCUUGUAGCAGUGGUACACAGUAAUGUUGGAUCAGUUUGUGGGGACUAAGAUUACUUUCUUUUUAACUACAAUGCUCUCUUUUGGAACACUUUUUUGGCUUUGUAUUUUUUCUCAGAUUUUUCUUUGUAAAUAUGUACAUUUACCAUUAAUAAAUGUUAUUGCAAAUCAGA